GUCUAUUAAUCCUGCACUGGUAUAUUUAGAGGUCAGAUCGUCUUGACCUUGUCAUCAUCUUUCUUCUCAUUGGUCAAAAGGAAAUGUACUGAUUGCUCAUUGGUUCGUCAAAAGUAAGCAUGUCAUUUUCCCGGGAAAACCCUUGAUGUGGCGGCAGACUUUUCUAAAUGCAGUAAAUACAAUCACAAUGAACAAGGAACCAUACAAAAUAUUAACUGAGAAACGUGUUGGAAUGAAAUACGAGACAUUGGCCAUGCUAUUUGUAAUAAAUUCGCGCCAAUUUCACGAUAGAAUACGAUCGACACACACGUACCUACUUUGCGUUGUUAAGUUUUCUUGGUUGCCUUCUCUGUACGAUGGAAAAGGGAAAUAAGAAAAGCGGCAAAACWGCAAGAAGCAAAGAGAAGAUCRAGUAUAUCGAAGAGAGCYGCAAACGUAAAGGAGUUUUAUAUCGCMGCAGGAACACAAUGUUUAAGAAUGCACUCAAGCUACAUGUGAUGACGAAGGCAGAAGUUUUCCUGGUAGUGCAAACRCCUCRCGCAAGAAUGGUUUGGGGAUCCGAAAGACUAUUUGCAUCGUUCAAUGAUACAGGAAUCACAUCGCAGGCUAAUCAUAUAAUUGUUGACCCUCUUACUAUCGACAAUCGUGAACUUGGAGUAGAAUUGCUGGAAGAUACCCCUGAGAAAGUCUACGAACUCGUACCAUCGCCAUUAGCGCGAACGUACGGCCAUACAACAACGAUUUCGACAACAACCUCGACAGGACGUUUGCAACYGAGAUGUCUACUAAAGGACGCACCCCAGCCAGUUCAGGAUUUACUGAUGGAUAAUCUAACACCAAGGAUAGCUGAUUCAGAAAAAAAAACCCCGUCCUAAACCACUGCGACAUUGUCACCUACAUUGCAGAMGCAGAAAUCCAAAUGAAUGUAGCCGCACACGCACAAGAUUAAUAACUUGAAACUGUUAUGUUCCAAAAACUUUGUUUUGUUCAUUUUGCUGUGAGAAGAUGUACAUCAACUCUAUAACAAURUAUCGUUCUAUUAGUGUAAACAUCAUUCAAACUUAACCACGUCAAUAUAAUCAACUGCCUUAUCUUACUUAUUCAUAUUUUGUAUGCAGUGUUCUAAAUAGGUUUGAUUAAAAUAUAUUUCUAGCUGUUCACAUUAGGGAAUCAUGUUAUAUCAAUGGAACAAGAAAUACUGUGUGUUUUGUGGUUAGAGUGUCCUCACUGAAAGAGCAUAGCUGGCUGUGUGUCAAGUUUUCUUUCUCAGGGAGGGAGAACAUCUUGUUUUAGGAUAGCUGUGCAGCUAAUAUGGAUGUGCACAAAUUAAGCGGAGGAGAGAGAAAAAGGAAGCACUAAAAUAAUAAUGGCUUAUAUACAUGUAGCGCUUAUCUACAGGUAUUCUUUUU